GUGUGUGAGUGAGAGAGAGAGAGAGAGAGAGAGAGAGAGAGAGAGAGAGAGAGAGGCAUGAAUUCCAGGAAGCAAAAGAGAGCAGCUCUAUAUGAACAACUUCGUUCUGCUACUAAUUCCACUUCUGUGACUACGACAUCAAUAGUUGUGGAUGCAACAAGAUACAUAGAGGAGUUGAAGGAAAAAGUACAAAAAAUAAAUCAAGAUAUUGCAACAAUACAAACUUCAGACGAACAAACCUCGUCAUUACCAGUGCAGGUUAAAGUGGAAACCCUAGAAACGGGUUUCUUAAUUAAUGUGUAUUCAGAAAACAAUUGCACUGGUUUGCUUGUCUCCAUACUAGAAGCAUUCGAGGAGCUGGGCCUUGAAGUACUCGAUGCUAGGGUUUCUUGUUCUAAUAAUUUUCGUCUCGAAGCCGUUAGUGAGAAUGAAGGACAUGCUGAUAGCAUCGAUGCCCAGGUGGUUAAACAAGCAGUAGUGCAGGCUAUCAGGAAUCGGAGUGAAAGUAGUUAGAUAAAUUAAUCUGUUUCAUCUUCUUCUUCCAACUUUAUGUAUCUUGUUUAGUUUGAAAGCUGGUAUCGAAUAAAGUAUAACUGAUUAUAUUAUCGACA